AUGGCUUUUGGAUUUGUCUCAGUAGCCCUUGCGGUCGUGCCAGUUGCCAAUGCACUCUCACUUACCACACGUGCCACGUGCUCAACCAAUGUUGAGAGUUGCUCCUCAGGUGCCGACUCCUCGUCUGUCAGCUCAUGCUGCGUGAACAAGCCUGGUGGCCAGUUCCUUCAGACGCAGUUCUGGGAUACGGACCCGGUCACCGGACCAAAUGAUUCUUGGACUAUCCACGGGCUGUGGCCGGAUAACUGCGAUGGGACAUUCGACGAGAACUGUGAUUCUUCCCGCGAAUAUGAUGAUAUAACAACUAUUCUCCAGAACAAUGGUAAAUCAUCGCUCGUGUCUUACAUGCAAGACUAUUGGCAAAGCAACAGCGAGAGCCCCGAGAAGUUCUGGGAACACGAGUGGUCAACCCACGGAACUUGUGUCAGCACACUUGACCCGGACUGUUAUUCAAGCUACAAGGAAGGACAGGAAGUUGCGGACUACUUCCAGGUGGCAGUCGACCUGUUUAAAACGCUCGAUACCUACAGCGCCUUGAAUGAUGCUGGUAUCACGCCUUCGAGUUCGAAAACAUAUACAUCCUCGCAAAUAAAAGCCGCUCUCCUGAAAGUCACAGGAAAAGCCGCGGUCAUAUCCUGUAGCAACAGUGAACUAUACCAGGUUUACUAUGGGUUCUUCGUGAAUGGGCCGCUAGCGGGCGCGGAUUUCGUUCCAUCGACGAUCGUUGGUCAGAGUUCGAACUGUCCAAGCAGCGGCAUCAAGUAUCUACCCAAGAAUGGUUCCGGCACAACGCCGACCAGUACCACGAAGACUAUUACUAAGACUGGUAUCACGGCAACGGGCACAUUUUCAGGAAAAGGUUACCUCAAUGCGUACUACAACGGAAAUAAAAACGGUUGCCUCAUUUCUGCAGGCACGUGGUACGCUACCGGAUCAUGCGCAACUUACACCGCAACUGCUUCCGGUUCGGGUUUCACGCUUGCAUCUUCCAAGGGUAACUGUGGCAUCGUUAGCGGCGCAUUCACCUGCGGUUCAGGAGUCAGCGCGACGGUAUUCAACGCUGUGUCCGGAAAACUUGGCUAUAACGGGGCGUCUACGUUUUACACCAGUGCAGUGCCAACAGGCUCGACUCAAGCUACUGUGUAUACAUCUCCCAAGACAUACUCAGUGAGCUUUCAGUGGCAAACGGUAUGA